AAACGUUGUCUGUGCGACGAUCAAAUUGCGCACUUUUCUCCCUUCUUCCUCUUCCCUUCCUGUCUUUCCGCAAACUACCGUCGAUGAUAUGAAUUGCGAUUCUCUUUCGCAUUGUGUCCAUUGAUGUUGUCUCUCUUCGUAUACACGUAAACAGUGCGACUCUGCGUUUCCUCCAUUUGCACGUGCAAAUCACACCGACCCCGAAAAUGGCCAACAAGCCAACGGACACAGAAGCUUUUCCUACCUUCGAGGAAGAAACAGAAGUACCGUUUCGCCGGUCUCAAGAUGCCGGGGCACCAGAGGUUGGACGUAGAGGCUCCAUCACUUCGCGGUUGUCGGCGCAGACUCGUACUCGCACAAGUUCCCUCCUUCAGUCCUUCAUACAGAGCAACCCUCCGCUGGGAAUGUGGCAGGCUACCGGCGAGGUCGGCUCGAAGAUACCCACGUUGCCAGAGAUACGGAACGGAGCCUUUGACGCCGAAGGGUGGACACAUGAAGGGCAGAUGGAGCAUCGAGGGAACAACCCUCAUGAGAUUCACCGACAGAGGAUAGCGAGGACGAGUUCCGCCAGUACCAGGACGAGAAAGAGUUCACGGUCCGCCGCAGGUGGUGCGCCUGUGGCGAUACUGGAGGAGAGGCAUGAGUUCUUUCCCAAGAGAGCCCCGACGUUGCUGCAGGAGACGCUACACGAAGAAGCAGCCACGGCUGCCACUCAUGGCCAGUCGGAAGAAAUCCAACCGGCGCAGAGUCCGCAGGAGAAACAAUUAGCGGCGACCCAAGAGCAAAACGCCUCGAUGGCCUCAUCGCAACAAGACGAAGGGGGGCAGGUCGUCCCCAUACAAAGCGGCCCUGACGAGACAGGCACCUAUCCCAACGGUUAUCGUUUCCCCAAAAAGCAUACCUGGACUCAGUCCACCAUGAUCGGCCUACAAGCACUGUGGAAAUUCUUUCUCACCCCCUUUGGAUUCCUCGUCGUCGUGUACGGUCUGAACGUCAUCGGCUGGGGUGCCAUGAUCUUCUUCGUUCUCCUGAACGCCGCACCGGCAAUGUGCCACCCAAGCUGCAAUGCCGACGACAGCGCCCGCAAGAAGUGGAUCGAAAUCGACUCGCAAAUUCUGAAUGGUUUAUUCUGUGUCACCGCUUUCGGGCUGUUCCCUUGGCGAGCGCGAGACUUUUACUACAUCAUGCGGUGGCGGGUCGGAGGAAGUGAAAAAUACCAUCGCAAGCUUGCCGGCAUCUACAGAGGGUGGUAUCGUCUGCCGGGCUCAGAUCAGCUACCAGACGACGUCGGCCCACCACCGGUGUACAACAAGAAAAAUCCACGCACCCCCGAAUCGCCUCCACCGUAUUUGGAAGAAGAUAUCGCCAAGUUGGAAGAAAACCCAGCGAUCCCAUUGCCUGCGACAUCCAUGCCCGAGCCACCGUUGACAGGCCUUCGUGCCAAACCCUCAAAAUCCUGGACACUCGACUUCGUCGUGUACAUGUACAUGCUCAACACCGGGUGUCAAGUUUUGCUGUGCUUUUGGAUGUGGCAUUGGAACAGAUUUGACCGGCCUUCUUGGGGUACUGGCGUUUGGAUUACAUUCGGAUGUCUCACAGGUAUCUUCGCCGGUAUCUGCGUCUUCAUCGAGGGCAACAAAGUGAAGCGUGCCGAAGGAAUACCCGUCCAAGAGUACGACGUCUUGGAAUCGAUCGAAGACUAUCAGGAGCGCAAAGCCAAGGAGGACAAGAAGGGGGCCAAGAAGGAGGUGAAAGAGGCCAAAAAAUUGGCACGCCACGAAAAUCACCAUCACUUCAGGCACGGUCAACAUGGGACGCACAAGGUGGUGCGGUCUGAAAAAUUAAAGGGGCACCAGUGGUUUACCCGACAAUGAGUUUGCUGAUCAUUGCUUGACGACCCAGAGAUGUUUGAUGUGUGUGUGUUUCCGUUAUAGUGAAAGCCUUUGGAAGCGUUGGCGUAGGUUUCAUCUUGGUUCUUUGACACAUUGAGUACAAGUGGUCAAAAUGCCUCUAGGGCGUGGCUUAUCUAGCCUUAAUUCAUAAUCAUUUGGAAAG